GUAAUGAAAUAGGCGUGUCUUCUGCAAUUACGCACCUAGCAUUCGAGAGAGGAGGAAGCAGAACCAGCGCGGUGUUUACUUGGUUAGCAAGAAUGGCUUCAAACUUGUGGUCAGAGGAUCAGUUUAGUUGUUCACUGUGUCUGGAGCUAUUGAAGGACCCAGUCAGUAUUCCAUGUGGACACAGUUACUGUAUGGGGUGUAUUAAGAACUGCUGGGAUCAGACUGAUCAUACAGGUGUCUACAGCUGCCCCCAGUGCAGAGAGACCUUUACCCCAAGGCCUGUUCUGGGCAGAAACAUCAUGCUGGCUGAAAUUGCUGGAGAAUUCAAGAGGAGAAGACUCAAUCCUCCUCCUGCUCAAAGUUAUGCUGGACCUGGAGAUGUGCCGUGUGAUUUCUGCACUGGGAGAAAGUUCAAAGCUGUGAAAUCCUGUUUGACGUGCCUGGCCUCUUACUGUGAAACACACGUCAAGUCUCACAGUGAGGUUACUCCAUUAAAGAGGCACAAGCUGAUCAAUGCAAUUGGAAAUCUGGAGCAGAAGCUUUGUGCUGAACACCAGAAGGUUUUGGACAUCUUCUGCAGAACCGAUCAGACAUGUGUUUGUGUGUUGUGUACAGACAAGGAUCACAAGAGCCAUGAUACAGUCUCAGCUGAGGCAGAAAGGAGUGUGAAACAGAAGCAGCUGGGAGAGACACAGACAGAAAUACAACAGAGAAUCCAGGAGAGACUGAAAGACGUGGAUGAGCUGAAACAGACUGUGGAGUCACUGAAAAGAUCUGCAUGCAUAGAAAUAAAGGAAAGUGAGAAGAUCUUUACUGAGCUGAUCCGAUCCAUUGAGAAGAUCCACACUGAGGUUAUUGAGCUGAUUGGAGCUAACGAGAAGGCUGCAGUGAAUCAGGCUGAAGGACGCAUGAAGAAACUGGAGCAGGAGAUUGCUGAGCUAAGGAGGAGAAACACUGAGCUGAAACAGCUUUCAGAGACAGAGGAUCACAUCCAUUUUCUACAGAAUUUCCAGUCUCUCUGUGUCCCUCCUGAAGCUGGAGACUUACCCAGCGUUACUGUCAAUACAGACAUCUCUUUUGUGGCUGUGAGGAAAGCUGUAUCUGAACUUAAAGACCAUAUUGAGGAUUUCUGGAAGGGGGAAUUAGUAAAAAUAACCACAACAGUGAAUGAAACAGCAGUUUAUACCCUGGGGUCUAGGAGCCAUGACAGACGUUUCAAAGUGAAUGAAGUUGCGGUUUACAGUCUGCAGGCUACAGAGCCAAGGAACAGAGCUGAGUUUUUAAAAUAUUCCUAUCAGCUCACACUGCACCCCAACACAGCAUAUAGAGAGCUCUGUCUGUCUGAAGGAAACAGAAAGGUGACACGGAGGAGUGAGACCCAGCGAUAUCGUCAUCACCCAGAGAGAUUUGAUAGCUGGCCCCAAGUGCUUUGCAGAGAGCGUUUGUCUGGGACUCGCUGUUACUGGGAGAUUGAGUGGAGGGGGGGAGGGGCUUAUAUAGGAGUCACAUAUAAAGGAAUCAGCAGGAAAGGAGGGGAUCGUUGCUGUCUCCUUGGAUGCAAUGACAAGUCCUGGAGUGUGUACUGCUCUGAUUCCAGUUAUUCUGCCCGGCACAAUAACAAUAAAACUGCAAUAACUGCCCCCUGCUCCCCCAGAAUAGGAGUGUAUCUGGAUUUUAAUGCCGGCACUCUGUCAUUUUAUGGCGUCUCUGACACAAUGACCCUCCUGCACAGAUUCCAAACCACAUUCACUGAGCCGCUCUAUCCUGGGUUUUGGAUUGGUUAUGAUUCCUCUGUAACAAUCUGCCAGCUGAACUAGACUGUUUUGUGUUGUAAGAAACCCUUUGUAUUGAACUCCCUGUCUGUCCUCUCCACUCCUUGGGUGAAGGGAAUCUUUAAUCUGACACAAUUUUGGAUGAAAGGGGGUAAAAUGGCGCCACCUGCAGAGUGAAACGAGGUUAAUUAUUUGUUUUUAUGCUUGGGGCAUAACAUUUGUAAUUGUAAACACUCACACCUGGACAGCUGUUUCAGCAUAAAACGUUCAAUAUGUCGUGAGUAUGAGUAUCUCUUAAGGUGAUUGUAGCUAACUAAAUAAUUCCACAAUGUGUUCCUAUAUUGCACUUCCAUUGGCUGCACAGGACUCUCAUGUGCAGGUUUGAAAAACAUGACAGGCAAGAUUCUCAGAAAACCAUGAUCUUGUUUCGAAUGGGAUUUUGUGUCUCAAAUGGAUAUUUAUAGUAUAUAGCUGAACUAUUUGGGAUUUAGGUACAUCUUGCAAAUCUAUAAACCGUGAGGCUUCAUACAUACCUUUAUACAGAAAAGCAAUAGGUACAAGAUGCCUUUUCCUCAUGUUCUAAUUGUAAAUUAGUUUAAAUAUUAGUUUAAGUAUAGUUUGUAAAUUCUCAUUGGAAAUGGUUGCAUGUUUACUCUAACUAGCAUUUAAUUAGAUGCAUUGGGUCUAUUCAUCAGGCAGUUCAAAGUUUCAAUAUUAUAAUUGUUUACUUAUUUUAACUGUAAUGUGAGUGAAAUAUCAUCACAAGAAAGAAGACAUUUCCAUGGAUAAAGUAAAUUACAUUCAAUUUGCAUUACAUGUGCAAUCUGCCCACAGUGGAAAAGCAGAAACGUGUUUUAAGCCUGGCCUUUGUCGCCCUCUUCAGGACAAACUCUGCAGCUGCGCAGAGCCUGAUUGAAAGCAAUUCUUUUCACUUGGUGUGGUUCCAUUGGAAAUGUAGGACCCUAUUCACACAACCUUCAGGACUGUUCCAAGCACUGUUCUGUUAAAGACUCUUUAUGGUUUAAAUCAGGUUGUUUAGAGAGGGGGAGCAGUUUACUGUUUAUUAAUUUUAUUGUUUAUUAUUAAUCAAAGCACCAUUUAAGGUCAAAACUUUAUAAUCAGGUUUUAAAUUAAAACCAAAACAUGAAUGUAAAGAAGGACCAUUUUAACAACCAUUUGGUUUUUUUUAUGUUUCUGUACUUCAAUUAAUGCAAACCUUUUUUCAUAUACUUUUUCUUGAAAUGUUUUGUAAAGUUUUAAUGAUCAAUGAAUGUUUUGUUCUGCAUCUACUUCUGAAAUAAUAUAAACUAAGUGGACUGUGAACAGCAGCUGCUCUCUGGAAACGUGAAGUACACAAAAAAGCUUUGGAG